AUGCCUUAUAAAUGCUCUCUCCUCUUCCAUUUCGUAGACCAUCAGCAACGGUUGGCGGGCAGAUCUUUGUCUGUCUACCAAGUCGGGGCUACAGCGAAGCGCCACUACCGUGAAGAUGCCCCGGUGGUGCAAAAUGGCCCUCAGUCAAUCCUGAUGUCUUCAGCUAAUACUGAGCCAUCUGGAGCCACCUUCACUUCCCUGAACCAAUCUCAGCCUCCCUACAAGCGCUCGCAUUGUCUUCACUUGUGCUGCUUUGCAGAGCAGAAAGCUGCUCCGCCCGACUGGCUGGCCCACCAUCAAGGCAUCGAUGCCGGUGAGAACAGGUUUCCACGAGAGAACGGUUGUCUUGUAAACGGCCCUCAAGCUUCUGUCAUUCAGGAGGUGAGUGACUAUGACAACGGAGUCUGCAACUGCACUCCUGGUUGUCUGGAGAGCUGGCUUUGUGUUGCUAGAGGCAUGCGCCCGCCAGCCAACCAGUCAACCUUGAUAGGAGAAGGUUUGACGCCCACUGGGUUGCCACCGUUUAGGAGAGAACCCUUCUGGCCCGCUACUUUGGCCGGCGUUUCAAGUCAGCGCCAUUUGUCUCCUUUUGCCCAGAAUAUUGGACUCGAGGAAAAGAUGGUUUUUGUCCCAACGACUUUCAAUGACAGUGACCACCUGAUCAGGUAA